UUUAAUAAAUCAAUGCAAGAAACUGAGCAAUCCGAAAAAGAUAUGAUAGGUUCUCUACUAGAUGGUAAUUGAUCUCUUAUCUCUAUAGAUGAUGAAUCAGAAUGUUCAGAAUUCAGAUCUUCUAUUACUAAAUCAUAAUAGCAUUCUUAAUCUGUAAAUGUUUUAUCUAUUUCAUCAUCUAGCCUGUAAAAAGCUUCAAAGAUGUCAAAGAAAGUCCAAAUUUAAAUGAUGAAGGAGGGUAUUAUCAUUAAUAUUAAAAAAGAUAAUAAGAAUUUCCUUCAAAUGAUCCAAACAAUUUUUAUUUUACUGUCUAAUCAGCUUUCAUUUAGUAAAGAUAGCAUUCAUUGAGUCAAGAAUUUCAUCAAUACAUGGUACCACAACCUCCUAUCUAUUAUCCAUACUAAGAUGGAUAUUUUUCAUAAAAACGAACGAAGAGAUUAUAAUCUUCAACAGAUUCAGAACAAACUAUUGUAAAUUUCCUUUUUUUAUUAUAGUCAUAAUAAUGCUAAGAUCAAUACGCUUCUCUUGUUAUCUAAUAGUCCUUCAUUCAAGGAAACGAUUUUUAGAAAGAUAAAAUUUUUAAAGCCUUGAUCGAUGAUUUGCCAUUACUCUCUAAACACAAAUUUGGAAAUUAUGUCAUUCAAAAAAUUAUAGAAAAUAGUAAUCAGAACUUCAGAACUCUUAUAUUUGAAUAGUUACAAUUUAAAAUCUUGGAGAUGUGCUAUGAUAAAUUUGGAUGUCGAGUUAUAUAAAAAUUACUAGAAUACAUGUAAACUUAAUAGAAAAUACAAUUAAUCUAAUAAAUCAAAGGCCAAGUAUUGAAUCUCAUCUUCGAUCAAUGUGGAAAUCAUGUAAUUUAAAAAAUUAUUGACUUGGCCUCUGAAGCAGAGUUUUUAAUUGAUGUUGUAACAAAUAAUGUUGAUCAUAUUGUUUCUCAUCCUUAUGGAUGUAGAAUUGCUUAGAAAUGUCUUGAAAUAUUUCCCAAUUAUAAACUACAAUAACUUUAUAUUUCCCUAAUACCUUUGUGUGAGAGAUUAUCAUUUUGUCAAUAUGGAAAUUAUAUUGUGCAACAUAUGAUCAAUUAAGGACCACCAAAAGGGUUUGAAGUAAUUGGUAAAUUUAUCAAGGCUAGAAUUCUUGAAGUCAGUUAAGAUAAAUUUGCUAGGUAUUUAUGAAGUUUUAUUUUCAAGCAAUGUUGCUUAAAAAUAUAUUACAUUCGCAUAAGAUGAUGAUAUUGCAAAUAUUUGCAAGAUUCUAAUGAAUAAUUGUGUACCCCCAAUGUUGCUAAUUUUAAUCAAUAAUUAAUUUGGGAAUUAUGUGAUGCAAAAUUUCUAUUAGAAAUGCAAUGAUAAACAAAAAGAAUAAAUUUAGAUAUAAAUUAAUAAAUAUGAAGAUCAUCAAUUCACUUAAUUUGGUAUAUUCUACUUUAUUAUUCUAGGUCGACAUUUCUUAUAAUUUCUGGCUAGGUGUCAUGCUUGUUGA